CCCAGGUUGCUGGAAAAAUAACUUAGCAACAUACCGAGAUCACGCAAUAUCAACUUUAUCUACUUCAUAUAAGAUAUAAUGUAGUAAAAUUUAAUAACACUGAAAUGUAGAUCUUAUUCAGAUUAAAUAAUACAUACUUAUUACACCUGGGUUUGCCUCCUCCUUUACGUUGGUAAGCAAAUGUAAUAGUAUGUGCACAAAUCUCUUACCAUUUACCUACCUCAUAAAGCUCGAACGAUUGCUUUUUUUUAUUUUUAACAGUCUUCAAAGAGGAGGUUAUACCUAUGUUAUGUAUACUCUAAUAAAACUAUUAAAUACACGAGUGAAGUGGUGGGGCAACCUAGUUUAUUAGUAUGGAUGAACAAACUUACACAAAACCGAUUUCGAUAUAUAUAAAAAGUUAUGUUUAAUUGCAAUCCGAAGCGGUGUAGCGCCGUGUUGUCUAGAGUGUAGAAUUACAUUUACACGUUUUAAAGUACCGAUAAUAUCGAUGCUAAUUUGAACUUUAUGUUCCUUUACAAAGUAUUUUCUAAAUUCUAUAUAAAGGAUAUAAUCAUGCGAAAAAAUAAAAAUAAUUUAGUUUAAUUCCAUCAGCGAGCGGGGGCGCAAAGACUCUAUCCUAAAAUAAAAUAUGUCGGACUAUGAAAAUGACCUGUUCAACUUCAUUCCCAUGAACAGGGCAGCUGCGGAACAAAAUAACGAUAAACAGUUGAACCUAGAAGGUCCUAGCAGCAAGCAACUGAAAAAAUCUUCAACGGCUGCAUUUACCUCUGUAAAAAAACUUACACGAGGUGCUAAAAUUAUAAGAAUCGAGAUUUAUGAUACCGAAAACUUCCCCGAUCAUAUAAGUUCAUUAUGCAAUUGUGAUGCUGAGUUAUGUGUGCAGCAUGUGGUUAAAAAUGUUUUUAUGGACGAUGUUUAUAAAUCUGUUAAAGAAAUUGCUUUAAAAGUGUCAGAUAUAAUGCCAUAAAUAAAGUUCAAUCAAUUAUUA